CAUGCAGCGCACCAAAGGGGAACUGCAAUGGCCAGGCCUGGUGGUGUAGACCUGUGGUCUUAGCCAGCCACCCGGGAUGCUGAGGCAGGGGGAUUGCAAAGUCAAGGGCUACAGAGAGAGUUCAAGACCCAAGCCUGGGCGAUUUAUAGCGUCCCUGUCUCCAAAGCAAUGUAAACUAGUUAGUUUAGGUUUAACCCUCCAGUACAACAGCAAAACCGGCUACAGAGCGGGGAUCAGAUAGGAGGAGGAAGAAGAGUCGGGAAGGUGGGGGGGCCACCCCAAGGUCCCACCUCACCGGUGGGCUUAGGGGUCAGAUGUCAUUGAAGACUGGGUGUUGGUUGGUUCAAUGAAAGAGUUUUGGGGUCUGGGUGAAGGCGUUCUUGGAAAGCCCCACUAGAGUGACACCUACCAGUGCGGAAGCAGCCCCCACUCGCUCCGGCUCUGCCACCUCAUGUGUCCCCACCAAGGGGGAAGAAACACAGGUGGAGUAGGUGCCCUGCAGAAAGAAGCCUGGGAAAAAGCAGCCUUCCGUCGCACAUUGUAUGGCGAUGUUGUGGUCAAUGAUGGAGCGUGUAAUGAGGCUGGUCCCUUACAGCGUCGGUGUGUGGGAGUACCUGACAGGCUUCCACAAACGGAAGGUGGAGCGGAAGAAGGCGGCCAUCGAGGAGAUAAAGCACCGACUGAAGCAGGAGCAGAAGAAGCUCCGGGAAGAGCGCCACCAGGAAUACCUGAAGAUGCUGGCAGAAAGAGAGGAGGCGCUAGAGGAGGCGGAUGAGCUGGAGCGGCUGGUGACAGCAAAGACCGAGUCCGUGCAGUACGACCACCCCAAUCACACAGUUACCGUGACCACCAUCAGUGACCUGGACCUCUCAGGGGCCCGGCUGCUAGGUCUGCCCCUGCCUGAGCAAGGGGACCUGGAUGGUUCCCAGGAGGAGGUGUCAUCCAUGGAGAAGCCAACAAAAGCCUUGCCCAGGAAGUCCAAAGAUCCCCUGCUAUCUCAGCGCAUCUCCUCCCUCACAGCCACACUGCACGCACACAGUCGGAAGAAGGUGAAGAGGAAACACCCUCGGCGGGCCCAGGACUCCACCAAGAAACCACCCAGUGCCACACGUACCAGCAAGACUCAGCGCCGCCGCCGGAUGACCGGAAAAGCCAGGCACAGCGGGGAGUGAGCCCUUGAGAAGCCGCCCGUGGCUCCCCAGCCACAGUCCUGGCUGUCACCCGGCCAUGCCGAGGGGUAACAGCAGCCUAAGCCUGGAAACAGGACUUCUCCAGCCUGGGGCCAUCCUUGCUUGGGAACCACCCUGGGCUUUGAGCCGGGAAGGAAUGGGCUUCCUAGAGCCCUGGCCCCAGGAGCCUGCAGAGAGUGUCAGGGUUUCUUCACACGUGUACGUCCACCGGGACUCAACAGUCUUUGAAACUCCC